AUGCAUUACUCCUUUGCUCUUAUUGCGCUAGCAACCAUCAUUUCCGCAUCUCCCCUUCCCGCAAACACAAAUGUCAACCCGGAAGCAAUAACAUCAACUACAUGCACAGCCAAGAAAGUAACUAUCAAUAGCCAUGAUAUUAAUGUUGCCCUCCUCUCUAUUUGCGGAGGCAUUGCGGGCACGAUUGAGCAAUGCCAGGGAAAUCCUACAAACACAACCGACAUAGAGGCCACUGCUAAGGCCACUACUGGAAAACGAUUUCUAGUUUCGAGGAAACAUCUUAUGCUAGCUUCUCGUCGUGCUAGCAAAGUACUUGGAGGAUCUUUCAAAGAAGCCGUCCCGGAAGAAGAUGGCCUCUUCCAUUGGAAUUUUGAGCCAAUAUUUGACUCGAAGGCGUUUGAGAUUGUAAUGCAGAUCAUCCACGGACAAACGCGCCAUGUCCCUGAAAAGGUAAAUGUCGAAUUACUCGCUCAAAUAGCUGCCCUCGUGGAUGAUCUGGAAUGUCUAGAUUCUAUAUGGUUCUUUGCUAAGCGCUGGCUGAGCCAUAUCAAAAAUGCAUAUGCCUUUGGACCGUUUGGAGAUCUACCGAAAUGGAUCUUAAUCUCAUUCGUAUUUGAAGAAUCGGAGAUUUUCAAGAACGUAACACAUACAAUUAUCAGUCGUAGCGCAGGUGCAAUGCCUACAUCUGGUCUUCCUAUACGAUUUAAAAUUCUUGAUGAUAUUAAUCAGCAACGGAAAACUGUAUUCGCUCAUUUGUUGGAUACACUACAAGGCGUGCAAUCUAGACUCCUUGAGCAGUCUUUAGAUGUGACCAAGGGUGUAGGGCCAUGA